ACUCCAGGGCCAGCCCUACUCAUUUACUGUAAAAGCUUGCUUUCGUUUUGUCAUUAAUCAGAGCAGGCAGCUGAACAACUUCCAGUCCGAAUCCAGUCCAAGAACUCUUCCAGUCCGAUCCAGUCCGAAUCACUUCAAAGAGGCACAGAUUUAUUUUCAGCAAAUGCGAGAUGGAGUCGGAUAUUGAGAUGAUCUUCACACUUUUAAGUGGCUCUCAACCCCCCGCUCCCUUCUACGUCAAAUCCAGCCUGGCGUUACUAUUCGUCGUUCGACUCAUCAUAAUGAUCGUCACUGCAAAAACCACCUGGAACGAUGACCUGGGGGACCUGAUCUGCAAUUCCACUCGCACCGGCUGCCGUUACGAGUGCUACAACAGCUAUUCGAUUAUUUCACCCUUCAACCUGUUCGCUCUGCAACUUAUAUUCAUUAUCUCGCUGUUGAUUGCUGUGGCUUCCCUCCAGAACCUGAGCCAGACCAGAGAUAUCUCUCGUUCGCCAGCCAACAGCUAUUGUAUGCUUGCCCGAAUGAUAAUCGAAGGAGCUUUCCUCGUUCUGUGGCUUGCGAUCUACCAUGGUUUACUGAGGCAACCAAACUUUAAAUGUGACACAAAUCCCUGUGAGCAGAUAGUUGUCUGCACUAUGCUUCAAAAUCAACAGAAGAACGCCUUUGUAGUUGUUAUGUACAUCUGUUCCCUUGCUUGCUUGUUCAUAUGUGCGACUGAAAAAAACAUAUUGAUGACACAAGUUGUAUUUUUUAAAAGUUCAUCCAAAAUACAGAAUAUCAGAAACUCACAGUACAUUUAGCCCACCAACUCCUCUACUUCAUUAGUAGGCUUAGAAUGUUUGGCACGUCCUCAACAACUCUCGCCAACUUCUACAGAUGCGCCGUAGAAAGCAUUGUAUCGGAAUGCAUCACAGCUCCAUCCAAGACCGCAAGAAAUUUCAGAA